CCCAGCCCUCCCCGGCCCUCCCCGGCCCGCCCAGGUGAAUGCAAUCUUGCUGGAGCCCGGCGGCUUAGUUCCCGAUUCUGUCUGGGGUGCGGGCAGCUAGGGCGCCGCAGGCUGCUAAGGAUGGGCAAGCUGAGCGGAUGCACCGGCGGGAAUCGGCCUGGAGGUCCCGGGCCGCAGCUGCCACUGUUGCUGCUGCUACUGCCGCCGCUGCUGCUGCUGUCGCCGGCCCCGGUCUCCGGGACCGCCCGGCCGCCCCAUGUGGUCUUCGUGCUGGCGGACGAUCUGGGCUGGAACGACCUGGGUUUCCACGGCUCGGUCAUCCGCACGCCGCACCUGGAUGCGCUGGCGGCCGGCGGCGUGGUCCUGGACAACUACUACGUGCAGCCGCUGUGCACGCCCUCGCGGAGCCAGCUGCUCACCGGCCGCUAUCAGAUCCAUUUGGGCUUACAGCAUUACCUCAUCAUGACCUGUCAGCCCAGCUGUGUUCCCCUAGAUGAGAAACUCCUGCCCCAGCUUCUAAAGGAAACAGGCUAUGCUACUCAUAUGGUCGGAAAAUGGCACCUGGGCAUGUACCGGAAAGAAUGUCUGCCGACGCGCCGAGGAUUCGAUUCCUACUUCGGAUACCUCCUAGGCAGUGAAGACUAUUAUACCCACGAGGCCUGUGCGCCAAUCGAGUCUUUGAACGGUACCCGCUGUGCACUUGAUUUCCGAGAUGAUGAAGAACCUGCAAGAGAAUAUAACAAUAUUUACUCAACAAACAUAUUUACCAAAAGGGCUACAACCCUCAUAGCUAACCACCCGCCAGAGAAGCCACUGUUCCUCUACCUGGCUCUCCAGGCUGUCCACGAUCCCCUGCAGGUCCCCGAGGAGUACAUGGAGCCAUAUGACUUCAUCCAAGAUAAGCACAGGCGUAUUUAUGCAGGGAUGGUGUCCCUCAUGGAUGAAGCAGUAGGGAACGUCACCAAAGCCUUGAAAAGCCAUGGGCUCUGGAACAACACAGUCUUCAUCUUCUCCACAGACAAUGGUGGGCAGACAAGGUCUGGAGGCAAUAACUGGCCACUUCGAGGAAGGAAGGGGACCCUGUGGGAAGGGGGCAUCCGAGGAGCAGGCUUCGUGGCAAGCCCCUUGCUGAAACAGAAAGGCGUGAAGAGCCGGGAACUCAUGCACAUCACCGAUUGGCUUCCAACACUGCUGCAUCUGGCUGGGGGAAGCACCAAUGGAACCAAACCUCUGGAUGGCUUCAACGUGUGGAAAACAAUCAGUGAGGGAAGCCCCUCCCCGAGAGUGGAACUGCUGCACAACAUCGACGCGGACUUCUUUGACGGCUUGCCAUGUCCUGGCAAGAACAUGACUCCAGCAAAGGAUUCUUUUCCUUUAGAACAUUCUGCCUUUAACACAUCUAUCCAUGCUGGGAUCAGAUACAAAAAUUGGAAACUCCUCACAGGCCACCCAGGCUGUGGUUACUGGUUCCCGCCUCCAUCUCAGUCCAAUGUCUCUGAGAUACCUUCAGUGGAUCCACCAACCAAGACUCUCUGGCUCUUUGAUAUCAAUCGGGACCCUGAAGAAAGGCACGACGUGUCCCAGGAGCAUCCCCACAUUGUCCAGAACCUUCUUUCCCGCCUACAGUACUACCAUGAACAUUCUGUGCCUUCUUUCUUCCCACCUUUGGACCCCCGCUGCGAUCCCAAGGGUACUGGUGUGUGGAGCCCCUGGAUGUAGGGCUCUCCCGGGGGGCAGGGAGGGGCUGCAGCACAUUUCUGUGCAGGUUAGACCUCAGGACCCUUCUCCCCUGGCCCUCAUGCCACAUAACCCACCAAAGGAGUCCAGUUUCAACCCACAGUACAUUUUAAAAGCCAGUAAAAUCUGGAAGGAUCCUGCUGUUGGCUGGAGUUAGCGUCUGGGGCAGGGGUGGCUGGGUUCAUCCUGCUUCCUAAGCUGCACACGCUGGGAACUUGACCCAGGAAGUUAUCCCUGAGUCCUGGAGGCCAGGCCAGCUGGUUCUUUUUGCUUCACAAGUCAGCUGUUAGAACUCCCUCUGCUAAUAACCAGCUUUAUUGGCAAGGCACAUUUCUUGUAACAAAGGCAGCGAGCAGAUGGUUGCUAGUGGUUCCGUUGGCUGUGAGGACUCCCUGUCUGUGAGCUCUUGCUUGGCCUUUCCACAUCCAUGAGUCACCCACUCACUCACCUCACUGUGGAGCACACAGCCCAUUGCAGUAAGCCAGCAUGGAGGCAGGCCUGUACCUUGCUUUUGGUUUCCACGGUAACUAAAUGUGUUUUUAUCCCACCUCCGCCCCCACCCACUAUUGCUUAUUCUGUCUGGACUUCUGCUACCCAGCCUAUGUGGCUCCGGUCCUGUCAUGUGACUCUUCACUGCCGCGUGCCUGAGGUCUCUUUCCCCUCUGCUCCACCCAUUCUGAGCUUUGGGAUAGUCCUAAGCCCUGCCCAGAGACGGUGGACUGGUUAUUCCAUGUCCAUGCUAAUGGGAGUUGUGGGUCUGUGACAUCUGCUAAGGAGGUUUAUUCACAGUUGUAUGGAAUCCGUCAAGAUUGUGGCUGUAUCUCCCAAUAUGCCGUGGUCUAUGCUGUUUUCUCAGGCAGUGGCAAGAAAGGCCAGGAUAACACCUCUUUGCCCUGGUGUUAUCGUGGUGUUAACACCCAUCAUGACAGAUGGGGCGGUCUGAGAAAGGAAGCGGCCAAUGUCUGGAAUGUUGGCCUCGGUAGAACAGAGGAGACACCAUCCACGUGCCUUUCAUGGUUUGUUUCAUUGCCUUGUUCUGGGGCUCUGGAGUUGUGGGGUUGGAGAAUGAGAAUACACUAUUUGACCUUCAACCCUUUCUCAAACCCUCAUAAGUCCUACUGAUGUGAGUCCACCAGAUUCGCCGCAGGGAGUAACAAGCCCACAGGAACUUCUCCUCAGCACAACCGCCACAUUCACAGUUUAUCACCAAUGCCAUCAACUGUGUCUGCGACAUGGUAGAUAGCCAGUACUUUUUUAAAAAAAUUAAUGAACAGAGUGAAUAAGAAAGCAUCACCAUGAGCCACAAGUCAGUCAGGGAGCUGACUAUAAGGGCAGUGUAAAUAUCCUCCAGCCCUUACUGUUCUGUCCCCAAGCUGUCCCCUCCCACCUGAGCAGCCGAUGAGUGGCAGGCCUAUGACGUCCUCCGCAGGUGAACAAAAGAGAAUUCUGUUUCCCUGGAAGUCUCCUUUGCCAAUGAUCUCCAUUUCCUUUCUUCACUGCACACUAGAAAUUAAAACCACCACAUAAUAUGAUAUGUACAGUCUUCUUCAGUUCAGGAGCAGUGUCUCCUGGACAUUAAUAUUCUGUAUUUUAUUAUGGUAAGAGUAUUAUAAGAAAGUGGUGCUACAACUAAUGACACCGUUUACCAACCCUUACCCAGCUGGGCUGGCAUACAGCCUGCCUUCAGGACACUUCUUACUCCAAAGACUGUGGCAGCCUGAGGAUGUGAGUCUGGGUCCCCCUGCUGUGUCCUUCCCCUGUCGCUAUUGGUGGCCUUUAGUAUUCCAGACUGAAGGUUCCUACUUCAUAACAGCUAUUUGAUCUUUCCUCAGUGUUCUCAGAACAGCCGUCCUCAGUUCCAGCUGUGACUGUGGGCUGUGUUUGGAACGUUAACAUACUAACGGGUUUGAGAAGACCUUCAGAAAGUGAUUUUUAAAAAUGACUGGAGGUUUUGUCUGAUAAAAACAGAAUGGAAUAUGUCUCAGAUUAUAUCUCAUCUCAUUGGAUUUUCAUGUUUUAUACAAAAAAGAAAAGAUUGAUAGCCUAUCUUUAGAAAUAUUAAUGUUAGUUCUUUCCGAUUCUGUUUAACCUUGAAGGUUUUAGUUAACUUGUGAAUGUGUUGCUUUGUUACUACAUGACUGUUCCAGAUUUGAGGGGCAAAAUAAAAUCUUUCUAAAACUG